CCUUGGCGCGGGUGAUGGCUGCUGUUUCCGUCGUGUCCACGUUGGCCACCCGGCUGCUCGGGCCCGCGCAGAGCUGCCGCCUCCGUCAUCGCCCCUUCCACGUCUCGGUAGUUCGAAAUGAAGCCGUUGUCAUUUCUGGAAGGAAGCUGGCCCAGCAGAUCAAGCGGGAAGUGUGGCAGGAGGUGGAAGAAUGGGUGGCUUUGGGCAACAAGCGGCCGCACCUGAGUGUGGUUCUGGUGGGCGAGAAUCCUGCAAGUCACUCCUACGUCCUCAACAAAACCCGGGCUGCUGCAGAAGUGGGAAUCAACAGUGAGACAAUUGUGAAACCAGCUUCAAUUUCAGAGGAAGAACUGUUGAAUUUAAUCAAUAAACUAAAUAAUGAUGAUAAUGUAGAUGGCCUCCUUGUUCAGCUGCCUCUUCCAGAGCACAUCGACGAGCGAAAGAUCUGCAACGCUGUUUCCCCAGACAAGGAUGUUGAUGGCUUUCAUGUCAUUAACGUAGGGCGAAUGUGUCUGGACCAGUACUCCAUGUUACCGGCUACCCCGUGGGGUGUCUGGGAAAUAAUUAAGCGAACUGGCAUUCCAACCCUAGGGAAGAAUGUGGUUGUGGCUGGGAGGUCAAAAAAUGUUGGAAUGCCCAUUGCCAUGCUGCUCCACACAGAUGGGGCGCACGAACGUCCUGGAGGUGACGCCACUGUGACAAUAUCUCAUCGAUACACCCCCAAAGAGCAACUGAAGAAGCACACGGUUCUUGCAGACAUUGUGGUCUCUGCUGCAGGCAUUCCAAAUCUGAUCACAGCAGAUAUGAUCAAGGAGGGAGCUGCAGUCAUCGAUGUGGGAAUAAAUAGAGUUCAAGAUCCCAUCACUGCUAAACCCAAGUUAGUUGGAGAUGUGGACUUUGAAGGAGUCAAAAAGAAAGCCGGUUACAUCACUCCAGUCCCUGGGGGUGUUGGUCCCAUGACAGUGGCAAUGCUGAUGAAGAAUACCAUUAUUGCCGCAAAAAAGGUGCUGAGGCUUGAAGAGCGGGAAGUAUUGAAGCCUAAGGAGCGUGGAGUAGCAACCAAUUAACUGUUGUGUCUUCUGUCACGAACACCACUCCAAGCCGGUCAGAGAGGCGGAACAGGCCAAUAGAAAUGCAAUAUUUUUUAUUUAUUUUACUGAAAGGGUUUAAAAUGAUGCUUUUUGUAUUUAUUGAAAGCAGAAAUGGCGGGGGGCUGCCAGUGCACAUGGCUCUGCCGUGCCUCCUGCUGGGUCGUGGGAGCCGGCCAAGGGAAGCCGUUCACCUGGUGAUGAACGUGGAGGACAUCGUCCCAUUGAGAGCGGGUGCUUAACUGGGUCAAGCCACUUCAGUUAAAAUCUGCCUUUUCUAGGAUUGCAUUUCCUAAGUGCUAUUUCAAUAAGAGUUGAUACUCACUUUAGGUUCCAAGCCUUUUGAGUUCAACUGGUCAAACCAAAGGAAAAAUGUUGCUAGAGAAAAUUAGGAAAAAAGUCAAAAGGAAGAAAUGAUAAUUGAGUAGAAAAAAACAUUACUGUAACUUACAUUCCUAUGGUAUGUAAAACUAAUUGUGAUUGGUGUCCUGAGCUGUCAUUCCGUGGCUUAGUCAUUGGGAAAAUAUUUAGGGUAGUUCCGCAUCAGUCCUCGUCCCAAGUGUAUUAUAUUCACGAGGCUUUCCCAUUUUCCUCUAGGAUUGAAAGGCUUAUUUUAUUUUAUAGAUUAUUUGUGUGUGUUGUCAUAUUUGGCUUUUCCUCUAUCCUUAAACUUCACUGUUAUAUCUUUGUACUCUUGGGGGUGUCUGUAUGGUUUCCUUGGGAUAUCUUGAAACCUAUUUUUGAAAAACAAAACUUGGGCUUGAUAAUCAUUAGGAUUAGGGCAGCUUGUUUAAGUAUGAACUUACUUUUCCACCAAAGACUUGUCAGCAGCUGCCUGCUUUUCUCAGAUGUAUUUGUUGACUUUCCCCAAUGGGUUUUUGAGAACUUGAGUUCACAUUGAAUUUAAUCAGACUUUCUGAUUAAAAGGGUUUUUUUUGUGUGUUUCACUUUUUUUUUUUUAAUAAAACACUUCUGACUGGUGUGGAAUGAGUUCUCCAAAAUACUGUAUCUUCCUGCUACUGUCCUGGUUGUGACCUAAUCGUAGUUAAUUUUUCUCAUUAGAUGUAACGGGUGUCAAUAUUCCUAUAUUUGGUAACACCUAAUCCUGUGCCUUAAACAAACUGAUACAAAGCGCAGCUGUAGAGAAACCAGUCUAGUCCUUUCAGUCUAAUGUCCCAACAGGCUGUGCCAAGCUGGGAGCUUAAUCUGUAAGAUUCAUUUAAGUGGUUAGGCUUAUUCUGGGUGUUUUCUAAACCAUGCAGUUGAAUUUACACAUUGUUAGCUUUACAAAGGACUUCUUGAUGUGCCUGCUGACAACCCCCUCCCCCUUCAGGCGCCCCACUCUCUAUACAAUUAUUUUUUCAAUGUGUGUGUUUGAUUUUGACAGAUUGGAAGGUAUUUGCUGUGCAUAUUUUGAGGCUGGGAUAGGCCCCUGUGUAUUCUCUGUUCUCUUCCAGCGUGGAGUAUUUUGGCUUCCAAGCAGACAGAUCCUCCUGCUCCUGCUCCAGCCUGCUUCAGGUAGAAAGAAAGGAACAAUGGGGAGCUGACUUCUCUUUGUUCUUCUGCCGCAGCCUUUAUUCUUUGGAUAGUUUCCUGGAGAUGAAAGAGAAUAGUCCGCUGGAGAUGUUUUUGUGAGGGUUAGCUCAUGUCCAUAUCCCAUGUUUGCUGACUUGACCAAAAUUACUAAACAUGGAGCAAGAUGAGCAGACAGGAUUAAGUUUUAUUGAAUUACAGUUAUAAGUGGAAAGAAAUUCUGACCUAGAACAUGGAGAAGUAACAAUAUGUCCACCUGUUAAAAGUUGUCAAAAUUAAAAUGUUCAUGUAUAUACAAAAUAUAAAUGACAUAUAAGGUGAAAAUUACAGUGAUCAAUUUACAACAACAAAAAAUUAACAUUGUAGUUUCCAACUUGUUUCAUUAAUCAAGCACAUUUACUCCAGAAUCCAUAACAUUUCUACAGUUUAAUUUGGACAAAGUGCUAUUGGAAAUCAGCCAAGUUUUAAAAUUGAAAUGUUAAGGGUUGAUUGUUAGCUCUCCCAGGAUUGGUGCAGCUGAAAAUACAGAAUUUAUCCUUAAAUUCAGGUGAUGGUUCUGGGUGAGUGAGCAGUUAAUGGGAGAGGUUUAGAGCUUUACCUCUUGGCAGUAUCCCUUGGAAGGGAGCUCUGAGAUUUAACUGAAUAAACACUUAAAGUUUUCUAGGGACCAGGCACUGUAUGAAGCUCUGAGGAUCGCAGAUGCAAUUAGCUGUCCUCAUACCCAAAGUGUUAACGAUCUAGUGUCGUUUGUCUUUAAAAACUAGAAAAGGAUGAAGAAAAAAAGCACCUGCUUUGGUCAUCGUGAGUAAAUGUAGUAACUAACCAAAGUGAUUUCCUCAAGAUUCAAAUCCAUAGUUGUUUUGGAGAAAGUAAAUGUCAGCUGCAUUGUGGCUGUCAGGCACAUAGUAGGUGUUAAACAAGCAAGGUUGGUGUUUGUUAAGUGGGGACUAAAGACAGACUGCUAUUAAGUUUCAUGAGGACAGGGUUUGCUGCUUAUAUUAAUGAGUUAUUAAUCUACCCAACUUGUUUCCAAUCAUUCCUUUAAAGUACUAAUCUAAUACUGCAAAGUUAUAAUCUAAUAUUUUACAUUAGCACUGCCUAACAUGGAGUGGUCCUGUGGGUGGGAGUUUAACUUUGGGAGCAAGGUCAUUGAAAACUUGUAGACAGGAUCUACCCAAGGGUAGAAAGAAGUCUUACUCUGAAUGUGAAAAACCAAUGAUAUUAAUUUAAAGGAUCAUUUUGUUGAUGUAAUGUGGUUGGAAGUUUCAUUUUAACAAGAACAAUUUUAUUUUGAAAACA